UAAAUGUGUGGAAUUCACAAUGAACGAAAAUAUGGUUUCGGUGAUGAUCCUUCUCGAGCUCGAACGCCUAAACCAUGGCCUCCUCCAUGGUUCAUUCAACCCCUAAAAAAGCUAUUCGUUCGUUAGUUAACAUCAUCUUCUAGCCACCAUGCCUGUUAUGAGAAUCUUCUUCCCUGACUUUGCCAUUAAAUCCAAGAGUAGUGUCUGCAUAGGAUGGGUUGAUUAUCAAACAUACACCAUAUGCAUCCUUGCUGUUAUCCAUCUUCCGGUUGAUCUACAAAACCUUCUGAAGGAGUUACAGACAGCAACAUGUGUGAGACAGAAGUCAUUGGUAAUAAUUGGUCCAUCUACUCAUCAGUCAGACCCAGAAGCAAUCUUAGUAUCACAACUCUGUCAAAAUGUUGAAGGAUCUGAAUCCUGCUUGGAGCUGAGUCGACCCAAUGUCUACAGCCUGCCAACAUGUACACUUUUAGAAAAUGGUCGACCUAAAACGAUCCAAGAUUACCAUCUCAUCUUCUACAAUCAACUAGAAGUUCUUAAAUGCUGUUUAAGUAAGGAAGAGACUACUAAGAUGACACAGGGUACUCAACCCUUGACUGAGGUGAAAUCAUCAGGAGAUAACAGCCCAUUAAAUAUGGGAGUUGUACUCACUGUAAUACAGAAAGGUGUGAGGCAGUUAUGUGCUUUAAAGGACAGGACAGACUUGGAAAUUUCCAUAGAUGAGAAGUUGAAGAGGUCUGAUACCCUGUCUGCUUUCAGAUGGUUUUCUUCAGUUCUUUGGAAGGGUUUCCUGACCAUUCUUCAAGUUUCAUUGCUGCCCUUCAGAAGUAUAAUAUGUAAAAGAUGGUCAGAGAAGAAAAUUUGCCAGUUGCUUCUGAAAAUCACUCAAACAGGAUGUCAGAUACGGGAUAAAUGUAUUGAUAUACAGUGUUUAGUUAGUACACACAGUCAUGAGGCAAGUGAUGACCAACAAGACUCGACCAUGAAAUCUUACAUGCAAAACAAACUGAGAAGUGGUAAUUUGUUGUCAUUCCUAGUGAUUGACACUCUUCUGGGAAUGAUUCUGAUGUGGUGGAUUCUUCACAAUAACAGACCUGUUCUCUGGACUGAAUGGAUCAUAUCAUCAGCCAAUAAUACUGCUGAGUCACUGCAGAAGCUACUUCAGUGGUUAAUGGGAGCUCCUGCUGGUCUUAAGCUCAACAGCGCCCUUGCACAAUUUCUUGGCCAGUUUUUUCUGUAUCAUGUAUAUCUAUGGAUAGGUUAUUUGUCUAUCAUGGAGCCUAUACUGAGCAGUGUGAUUUGGUGUAUGUCUCUCACUGGGUGUCUAGGUGUAUCAGUCAGCCUAGCUGUAGCAUCAGAUAUGGCCUCCAUGCUCACAUUCCACAUAUACUGUUUCUAUGUCUAUGCAGCAAGGUUAUAUAGAUUCCAGUUGACAGGUUUAUUAGCGUUGUCUAGACUCUUCCGUGGAAAGAAAUGGAAUGUACUACGCAAGCGUGUUGAUACAUGUAACUAUGAUGUGGACCAGCUCUUCAUUGGCACACUGCUCUUCACUAUACUGCUGUUUUUGUUUCCUACAACGACCCUGUUUUAUGCUGUCUUCACAGGGCUUCGUCUGGCUGUUAUUGUAUUGAAAGGAGUUCUAAUCAAGACUGUUGAAGUACUAAGGAGAUUUCCAGCAUACUCUUUCUGUAUGAGUCUCACAGGUAUAGAGGCAUUGUACAGUGGGGUGAAGUUUGACCAUAUUAAACGUCAAGGAGAUGAGACACCACAGGCAUUUGUCAUGAAGGUCCAGUACAUUGGCCUUUUUGGUACACUUCAACUUGCCUACCAAGACACCAUCUUACAUGAGUCAAGUCAAAGAUCUUCAGAAACAGGAACAGCAAAUCCAUUUCUUGCCUUAGGGUCUGAUAUCAUAUCAGGCCACCUUAUCUACCCCAUGGAGCUCAACAAUUUACAGACAAUGUGACGAACGUUUUGCAUGAGGCAUACUAAAGUAUGUUCAAUUUGACAUUCUGAACCUCUGCUUCAUGAUGUUCAAUCAAACCUGUUUGCACCAUUAAAAGCUUGUUGUGUUUAUUUUGUUAUGUUUUAACGCUACAUGAAGUAAGGACCUAAAUAGUCUGGGUGUGUGUGGCCUUACACAUGCAAACGUCCAGGGUACUUUUAAUGAUAGAACAUUUUUUAUUUUGGUACCCACAGAGAUUUUCUUUUAAAAAGAGAAUAAUAGAACAACAAUGGAAGUACCCCACACUCUUUAACACUUCAAAUGAGGUACAUUAUAAUACAGGGACUUGGUACACUAUGUGGACUUACACACAACACAGAGCAGGGUGUGCGUGUUUGGGAGGUGUUUGUUUUUGUUUGUUUACUUUUUUUCAUUUUUUUUUUUUUGGGGGGGGGGCACCAGGGUUUUUGUUUUGUUUUUAGAGUGGGGGGAUUUUUCACCUGUCUAUGCCCCAUUAGAUAAAAUAUGGCAAUGGAAAAGCAGUAUAGAAUUCUACCUGACCCAUAUUUUAAAAUGUUCAAACACCUCUUGGACUAAUACAAACUUGCUUCAUAUUGUUGAAAAUAAAUUGUUGCUGGUGGAAUUUGUAACCAUACAAAGUUCAAAUGGUUAUGUAAAUAUCUAACUAUGAAUCUUAGAAGUUACUGUUGUAAUUUGUUGCAGCAAUUGAAAGAACUUUUCAGCAAUGCCGAUAUCUUUUUGAUAAAGGUAGUAUACAUAAUUUACAGAUCUGACAAAGUAGUUGUGGACAGUGUUCAAAUAUUGCACAGAAAAUCAACUGUUCCUGUAUGUCACAUCUAGUAACUGCUUUCAGACUACAAUUAAAUACAUGUAAUGAUGUUUUUUAUCCUUACGAAUCCUGUGUAUUUCCUUUUUAGUUUUAUAAGUUUCCCUAAAGUUAUAACGUUUGUAUGAUUGCAAGUAGAUUUCAGGUUGUCUUCAAUCCUUUUGUGAAUGUAAAGAGUGCAGUAGUUUACAACUUAUGCGAAUUAUGAGAACGAGGGAGCGAAAAAUUUCGCUCAUAAACCA